ACUACAGCCUGUAUCUUGGUAUGUAUUUAUAAAAAAAUUGAAAGAUGACAUCAAUUUAUAAAUACGGUUCGAAUUAUGGCACUCUUGAGGGGGGAGUAUCUUUCUUCCCACGGCAUUGAAGUGCGGUAAUCCGAUGCGCUUUGGAUCGUCCGUCGACCUCGACAAGGCCGAAGCUGUCACAGAUCCAUCCAGAGUGACCUGUCCAGCUCACGUGCAACCAUCCACCGCAUUGGUAUCACACUCACACCAUGACCGGCGACACGGCACCGCACGUCGUGGAGGAUCUCCUCGGCCUCGUGCAGCUCCUCAGCGACGGCUCCGUCAUCCGCGGCGACGAAUCCGUCCUGAGGCCAAGGGAGCCGUUCCCGGACGUCCCAGGCGUGGAGUGGAAGGACGUGGUGUACCACGCAGCGCACGGCCUUCGCGUCCGCGUCUACAGGCCGGCGUCCGCGUCGUCAACGAUAGCCGGCGGCGGCGGCAAGCUUCCGGUGCUGGUGUACUUCCACGGCGGGGGCUACUGCCUCUGCUCCUUCGCGCAACCGCCCUUCCACGCGUUCUGCCUCCGCGCCGCCGCCGAGCUACCGACCGUCGUGCUGUCCGUCCAGUACCGCCUCGCCCCCGAGCACCGCCUCCCCGCCGCCAUCCACGACGGCGCGGCUUUCCUCUCCUGGCUUCGUGGCCAGGCCGAGCUCGGAGCCGGCGCCGACACGUGGCUCGCGGAGUCGGCGAACUUCGCUCGGACCAUCAUCUCCGGGGUGUCGGCGGGCGCAAACAUGGCCCACCACCUCACCGUCCAGGUCGCGUCGGCGCGGCUCCCUGUCAGCCCCGUGCGCGUCGUUGGGUACGUACUCCUCUCCGCCUUCUUCGGCGGCGCCGAGCGCACGGCGUCGGAGGCCGACCUGACGAUGGACGUGUCCCUGCCUGUGGAGAUGUGCGAGCAGCUUUGGCACAUGUCGCUUCCGGUCGGGGCGACCAGGGACCACCCGGUGGCGAACCCGUUCGGGCCGGAGAGCCCCAGCCUCGCGCCGGUGGAGCUUCCGCCGGCGCUCGUCGUGGCGCCGUUGGGCGACGUGCUCCGUGACCGCGUGCUGGGGUACGCGGCGAGGCUCAAGGACAUGGGGAAAGACGUCGAGCUUGUCGAGUUCGAGGGACAGCAGCAUGGCUUCUCUAUCCUUCAGCCGUUCGGCGAGGCGGCCGACGAGUUGAUGGGAGUGCUCAGGCGGUUCGUGUACCCCGCUGAGCGAUGAUGUGGUGAAUGAAUGGUGAUCUCCUGAUGUUGGGUUUUUUUUUCCUGCGGGAACUGUAUGUCUGGUGUAGAAAUAAAUCCACUCCAUUUCUGAUGGAUGUGUUUUUCUCUUACCACAUUGAUUGAAUAUGUUGUU